UCAAUCUGUUGUAGACACAGUAAUCAAAAUAUUAAAAAUCAUUAUACUUCAUAAAAUGAUUGUGCUGUAUUAUAAACAUAUUUUCCCUAACACUAGAUCCUCAGAAUUCAGCACAUGGUAUCUUCAAUUUAAAAACCAAUGCUAAAUAAUGUAAGAUCCUUUAUGAUGUCAAAAUUUGUGAAUAGCAAAUACUCUUUUAAUGAAAUUACUUUAAACAAUGAGAGCUGUUAGCAGAAAGAAACCUUGUAUUUUAAAAUUCAGUUCAUAUUUAUAAUUUAUGUAAGCAGUGAAGAUGCCAUUGGAUUUUACUCUACACUGAUUGAAACUUAGUAACCCGGGCUUUCUCCACCCAAUGCGUUAAAUCAGUCAGCCCCAAAGGGUCUUGGUAGCCCAGUGUUUAUAACAUCCUUCUUUACCUGCUAAUCGACCUCACUUCCUGGAUUUCAGUCCGUCUAGUUAUCAGCUAACAAAAGAACAGCUUUUGGUUCCUGCAGACGCUGGUGAAAAAAUAAUCACGAGAAAGAAAUCCACCUUAUGUCGUCUUUUUCUGUCUGCAAAAAUAAACUCAGCCAUCAUACAGCUAACAGGUACAGAAGGAAGAUACAAGCUCGUUCAUAGGAAGAAACUACAGAGAAAAUGAGCAUCAUUUCUCAAGGUUUUUAUUUUCCCUGAUCUACAAGUGAUGCUGCUGUAAUUCUAGCUGCAGUUUUUACCGAUCAUUCACCACUCAGCAGCUGGUAGAGAAGUAAGACUGCUUGGCAACCACCUGCAGGGCUGCAGAGAUGAAUUACAUUUUCGGAAACAACACACUUCUGUACUCUCGCGCCAGUCGAGGAGGCAAUACUAGCUCUAGCCAUGGCUCAGUAGGCCCAAAGCAGAAACACUGGGCAAAAAAGGGCUCGUCAGAUGAACUGCAGGCUGAGCCAGAGCCUUCACGCUGGCAGCAGAUAGUUGCGUUUUUCACUCGAAGACACAGCUUUAUUGACUGCAUCUCGGUAGCCACCAGCUCCACCCAGCCCACAGAAGCUGUUCCUCCCUCCUCUCCCACUGUCCCUGUGACCCCUGCCCUGCCCGCCCCUGCUGAGAGUACUGUCGUCCUGCCCAACGCACCACAGGCAAAUCCUCCUCCAGUGCUGGUCAACACAGACAGCUUGGAGACACCAACUUACGUUAAUGGUACUGAUGCAGAUUAUGAAUAUGAGGAAAUCACACUUGAAAGGGGAAAUUCAGGGCUUGGUUUCAGCAUUGCAGGAGGUACAGACAACCCACACAUUGGAGAUGACUCAAGUAUUUUCAUCACCAAAAUUAUCACAGGAGGAGCAGCUGCCCAGGAUGGAAGAUUGCGAGUAAAUGACUGUAUACUGAAAGUAAAUGAAGCAGAUGUUCGAGAUGUAACCCAUAGCAAAGCAGUCGAGGCACUGAAAGAAGCUGGAUCUAUUGUGCGAUUGUACGUGAAAAGGCGGAAGCCAGCAUCAGAGAAAAUCAUGGAAAUAAAACUCAUUAAAGGUCCUAAAGGUCUUGGGUUCAGCAUUGCUGGAGGUGUUGGAAAUCAGCAUAUUCCUGGUGAUAACAGCAUCUAUGUAACCAAAAUAAUUGAAGGAGGUGCAGCACACAAGGAUGGCAAGCUUCAGAUUGGAGAUAAGCUCCUAGCAGUGAAUAGUGUAUGUUUAGAAGAAGUUACUCAUGAAGAAGCAGUAACUGCCUUAAAGAAUACAUCUGAUUUUGUUUAUUUGAAAGUGGCAAAACCAACAAGUAUGUAUAUAAAUGAUGGCUAUGCACCACCUGACAUCACUAACUCUUCUUCUCAACCUGUUGAUAACCAUGUUAGCCAAUCUUCCUACUUGGGCCAGACACCAGCGUCACCCGCAAGAUACUCACCCAUUUCUAAACCAGUGCUUGGAGAUGAUGAGAUUACUAGGGAACCUAGAAAAGUUGUUCUUCAUCGUGGCUCAACAGGACUUGGUUUCAACAUUGUAGGAGGUGAGGAUGGAGAAGGAAUAUUUAUCUCCUUCAUCCUGGCUGGAGGACCCGCUGAUCUCAGUGGAGAGCUCAGAAAAGGAGAUCGUAUUAUAUCGGUGAACAGUGUUGACCUCAGAGCUGCAAGUCAUGAGCAAGCAGCAGCCGCAUUAAAAAAUGCAGGCCAAGCUGUCACUAUCGUUGCACAAUAUCGACCUGAAGAGUACAGCCGUUUUGAAGCUAAAAUACAUGACUUACGGGAGCAGCUGAUGAGCAGUAGCAUUAGUUCAGGGUCGGGUUCUCUUCGAACUAGCCAGAAGCGGUCCCUCUAUGUCAGAGCCCUUUUUGAUUACGACAAGACUAAAGAUAGCGGCCUUCCCAGUCAAGGAUUGAACUUCAAAUUUGGAGACAUUCUCCACGUUAUCAACGCGUCGGAUGAUGAGUGGUGGCAAGCCAGGCAGGUGGCGGCAGACGGUGAGAGGGAUGAAGUCGGAGUGAUUCCUAGUAAACGCAGAGUGGAGAAGAAAGAACGAGCCCGGUUAAAGACCGUCAAGUUCAAUUCUAAAGCAAGAGGAGACAAAGGGCAGUCAUUCAAUGACAAGCGUAAAAAGAACCUCUUUUCCCGAAAGUUUCCCUUCUACAAGAACAAGGACCAGAGUGAGCAGGAAACCAGUGAUGCUGACCAGCACGUAACUUCUAACGCCAGCGACAGUGAGAGCAGUUACCUAAUCUUGAUUACAGAUGAGUAUGGCUGCUCAAAAGGUGGUCAAGAAGAAUAUGUUUUAUCGUAUGAGCCAGUGAACCAACAAGAAGUUAAUUAUACUCGACCAGUCAUUAUAUUGGGACCCAUGAAAGACAGGGUAAAUGAUGAUUUAAUCUCAGAAUUUCCCGACAAAUUUGGAUCCUGCGUCCCUCAUACAACUAGACCAAAGCGUGACUAUGAGGUGGAUGGAAGAGAUUAUCAUUUUGUGACUUCAAGGGAACAGAUGGAAAAGGACAUCCAGGAACAUAAGUUCAUUGAAGCUGGCCAGUAUAACAACCAUCUGUAUGGAACAAGCGUUCAGUCUGUGCGAGCUGUAGCGGAGAAGGGCAAACAUUGUAUCCUUGAUGUGUCCGGAAAUGCCAUAAAGAGAUUGCAGAUUGCACAACUUUACCCAAUAUCUAUUUUUAUCAAACCCAAAUCCAUGGAAAAUAUCAUGGAAAUGAAUAAGCGCCUAACAGAAGAACAAGCCAGAAAAACAUUUGAGAGAGCCAUGAAAUUGGAACAGGAAUUCACUGAACAUUUCACAGCCAUUGUACAGGGAGACACGCUGGAGGACAUCUACAACCAGGUGAAGCAGGUCAUAGAAGAGCAGUCUGGUCCUUAUAUCUGGGUCCCAGCAAAAGAGAAAUUAUGAAGAUGGCUUUCCUGUUCCUUUCCCACGGUCUCGUUUCUCUCCCCUGUCCUGGAGUCUCUCGAGUCUCCUCUCACACUGACUCAGACCCCUCACGGUUGGCACCUGUGCCCGUUAUUGACAUCCAGUGUCUCCUUCAUGUUGCAUCAUUGUAUUAUUCUGUGUUACUCUCGGUUUCCGGCCAUUCUUCAGACUGAAGAGGAAUAGCCGGACCAGCUAUCAAGGGUUUGGGGUAGAUGCAAAAAUUGUAAAAUUCCUUAAUGUUUAAGGGAAAGUUAACUUUAAGAGAUUUUCAGAAAAGCUUUAUAUACAUUCUUUUCCAGUUUCGGUACAAACGAACGAAAGGUGGUUUCAAUCAGUGACUCAGUGGACCUUGAGCAACAGUGCACACUUAUUUAAUAGCAUGGUUUGGCCGGUGUGAUAGCUCUCCAGUUCUUUCCUCAAUUGACUUCUGGUAUUAAAGUAAUUAUUUCACUAAAGACAAGAAAGGUAGGGGUUUUAUUUCACAAUGAAUGUCUGAGUUCACUCAUAAUUUCAGGAGGGCUAUUUGUUAUUCAUGAGAGGUCUUUAUCGUGUGAGCCCUCCCCUAGUCCACUUGCGAGGAAGAACAGUGGUGUGUGCUGUAGUCGGUGUGGGCAGCACUGGUUAGUGUUGUCCAUACACUUUCUCAUUACAGCUCUGUUGAGGGGUUCGGGGGCUCACCUUUCCACAGACAGAACUGCGGACAGGCAAGUUAAUGUGGAGAUGUGGUGAUAAUCAUGUCAGUGGGAAGGUGUCCAGUUCAUAGCCUGAAAUUUUAAUGUAUGCUUAGGGAGGGGGGCAGAUUUUAAUGACUAUUUUACCCACAAUAACUGCCUAUUUUGUUAUAAUAAAAUAUAUAUAAAUAUAUAUAAAACUUUCUUUAACUCAACUCUGUAACUAUGGGAAUUAUUUUCUUUACAUAGUUGCACACACAAACAUAUAUAUAUAUAUUUAAAAUAUAUUUUUCUUUUGCCACCUACUUCUAACUUUUUGUUUGGUUUUUAAAUUAAGUAUUAAUUGAUGAGACCUAUCUUCCUUAAUCAUGUGAACUGAAAGCAAGUGUAUGGUGGUGGUGAGGAAAUCCUAGAAAACUAGACUGCAGGUAGCCGUGUGAGCGUGUUCUCCUCCUUCCUACAGAAGCUCCCGAGGAGUCCUAGGUUUCCUGUCAGUGUUGUGUGCCUGUGGUGGAGUUUGAUGUGGGUCCUCCGCCUUUCCUUUUAGUUCUCUCUCCUUAGUAGACGAACAAGCUCCGCUCUGGAGAUGUCCCAGACCUCACUCAUCUUGUGUGGCUGCGCUGUACUAGAAUUGCACAGGUCUUCACAGCAAACUUGUUAAAUUUUAGUGAGAGGCCGAAGGCCUUCAGAAAUCGGUCUCUCUAGUCCAUCAUUAUCAUCAUUUGGCUUCCCAUUGCUCUUUGGAAUUGUUUAUUCAAUAUGUGGUUUUUUGGCAACCUUGUUAAAAUUUCUUAAAUGAGUACUGGUUUGUAAAAAAAAAUACCAACAUUAUCCAUUCCAUUUAUGAGAAAGAGGAGAACAGCUAAUAAACUUUAUUGUAAAAUCCAUA